UGGGGUCUUUUUGUGUGCGUGCGAUUUUCUCUUCGGCUCUCUUUUUGCAUCUUUUUUUUUUUUAAUUAUAAUUUUUUGGAAGACUCCCGGGCUCGGAAGGUGGCCGGAGAGGGGCGUCCAGCCGGCGCCGAAGGGGGGAGAGAGGAGGAGGUUGGGGGGGGUCCCCCCCCCCCCGGGGUGAAGAAGCCGGGGAGAGCGCGGACACCCUACCAAACUUUUGGAUGAUGACGAUGACCACGAUGUCUGACGGCUUGGAAUCGCAGGACUCGUCGAAAUCGGCCUUCAUGGAGUUCGGGCACCAGCAGCAGCAGCCGCCGCAGCAGCCGGCGUCGCAUCAGUCGCAGCCUCCGCCCCAGCCGCAGCAGCAGCAGCAGCAGCAGCAGCCGCCGGCGCCGCAUCAGUCCCAACCGCAGCAGCAGCAGCAGCAGCAGCAGCAGCAGCAAGCUCAGCAGCAGCAACAGCAGCAGCAGCAGCAGCAGAGCUCCCCGGGCAUGGCAGAGACCCACUACCCCCUUCACUGCUUGCAUUCGGCUGCGGCUGCGGCUGCGGCGGCCGCCGCGGCUGCCGCGGCCAGCUCCCAUCACCACCAUCAUCACCACCACCACCAGCAUCACCAACACCACCACGGCUCGCCCUACGCCUCGGCCGGGCCCAAUUCCUACAGCCCGCGCUCCCUGGCCGCCGCCUACACCUACAUGGGACCCUCUCAGCACAGCCCCUACCUCCAGGGUUACGGCCACGGAGGGGGCGCCAAUGCCCAGGCGAGGGGAGAGGAUCCAGACCAGCAGAAGACCACGGUCAUCGAGAACGGGGAGAUCAGGUUCAACGGCAAAGGGAAGAAGAUCCGGAAGCCGCGGACCAUCUACUCCAGCUUGCAACUGCAGGCCUUGAACCACCGCUUUCAGCAGACGCAGUACCUGGCCCUCCCGGAGCGGGCUGAACUAGCCGCCUCUCUCGGCCUCACCCAGACCCAGGUGAAGAUCUGGUUCCAGAACAAACGGUCCAAGUUCAAGAAGCUCCUGAAGCAGGGCAGCAACCCCCACGAGGGUGACCCUCUCCCGGGUCCCGGGGGGCUGUCCCCGCGCUCCCCGGCCCUGCCACCCGUCUGGGACGUGCCCGCAUCCACCAAGGGCGUGGGGCUGCCGUCCAACAGCUACAUGCCCGGCUAUUCCCACUGGUACUCUUCCCCGCACCAAGACACAAUGCAGAGAUCUCAGAUGAUGUGACGGAGCCACGCGGGACAGACCCUCGCCCCCCACCCACCCCCGGACC